UUUAAAAAAUGUAAAACGUGUCUGUAAAAGAAUUUGGAUGUACACGAAAAAUAUUGAAUGUGUACUAAAAAGAGUUAACAUCUGUUGAACAAAAGGGAAAACCGAUGGAAAUCGACAAAAAACAAUGAAAUCCUAUAAAAACUAAAAAGAAAAACAAAGAAAAUGAUAAAUCGAAACGAUGUAAAAGAAUCGAAAGCGAAGGAAACGAUGAAAAUGGACAAAAGAUGGAAUCGUCGGAGGAAUCGUUGGAGCAUCGACAUGUUCAGCUCGAAAGAAAGCAAGGAAAACAGACUUGUGCACGCAGAGUUCCAAAAGGAAGAGAGGAAAAUUCUGCAGGCCGCAGUGCCUCCUCUACCACUCCUGCUUCACGUGCCUAGUGCCACCCACCAAUGCCUUGCGCAUUUCAUUCAGGGAAAAGGCUCGGAGUCUUACUCCAUCAGGACCAGGCUCAGUUCGGGAAAACACACUGUCCUGAGUUCGGGAAACCAAGCUUGUCUGAUCUGAGCUUAUGGACCAAAACAAGAUGGAGGAGGCCCACGGGAGCGCGAAGAAGGCGAGGCUGGAGCUACCCGACGGCCAUGUGAAGCAGGAGGUCGGCGUGCAUCAUGCGGUCGGAGGAGGAGACGACGGAGGAGCAAUCGUUGCUGCGGAGGCGGGGCACGUCUCGAGAGUGGAGCUCGCGGUGAAGAUCGACAUGAGCGUGCUUCAGUGCCCGCUCUGCACCCUCCCCUUCAAGCCUCCCGUCUUCCAGUGCAACAAAGGCGGGCACUUGGGCUGCGGCGGCUGCGUGGCCCUGCUGCCCGGCGGACAGUGCAAGACGUGCGAGGACGGCGGCGGGUUCUUCCACCCCUGCCCCGCGCUGGACGCCAUCGUGUCCUCGACCAAGGUCGAGUGCGCCCACGCCGGGUGCCAGACGUACGUGCCCUACCACGAGGCGGCCGACCACCGGAGCGCCUGCCCCCACGCGCUCUGCCACUGCGCGGAGACCGGCUGCGGCUUCGUCGGCGCGCCGCAGGCGCUCGCCGGCCACCUCGCCGACCUCCACUCGGUGCCGGUGCGCACCGUGCAGUACGGCCGGGUCAGCCAGGUCCCGGUGUCGGGGCCGCAGCAGCUGCUCGUCGGUGAGGAGGACGGCCGCGCGUUCCUCCUGACCGUGGGCGCGCUCGGGGCCGCCGCGGCCGCCGUGUCGGUGCUGUGCGUCAGGGCGAGUGCAUCCACGCAGCCCCGCUUCUCGUGCAAGAUGUGGGUGAACCUGCUGCAGCCGGCGAACGGCGGCAGGGCGGACAUGGCCCUGGUGGACAUGCAGGUGAGGAGCAGCACCACGCCCGGCGCCGUGGUCGCCGUGGACGAACCGACGUUCCUGGCGGUGCCGCGGAUGUACAUGGUUCCGGUGGCCGGGGAUGCGGCGUCCAUGGAGGUUCCCCUCAACAUCCGCAUCGACAAGAUCUCCCACUGAUCGAUAGGUGUAUCCCUUCUACUACCGGUAGUUCGUGCUCCAUGAUCUGGAGAUCCAGCUUAAACUGUCUGGGUGCUUUUAAUUGUGGAUUUAUCAGUGCAAUGUCAUCCGGAUAACCUGCAGUUGAAAUUUAAUGUGAGGCUAGAGUAGUUUGCAUGUUC